UAAAAAAAAAAAAAAAAAAUCCCCGCUGGUCGGAAGGAGGGAGCGGUCAGCCAUCUUGAAUAGAAUAGAAUGACUGAUCGGUGACCGCUAUAGCGUUCCUAAGCUCACAUAACAGAGCGUCGUUGCUACGGCUCUUUGAGUUACACGCAGUCACCCGAUUUCUCACCAUGGCAUGUGAUCACUGAAAGAAAGUGCCACCAUGAUCGGAGGACUUUUCAUCUACAACCACAAGGGCGAGGUGUUGAUCUCACGCGUCUACCGCGAUGACAUAGGGAGGAACGCGGUGGAUGCAUUCCGGGUUAACGUGAUCCACGCACGCCAGCAGGUCCGCUCGCCCGUCACUAACAUUGCACGGACCAGCUUCUUCCAUGUCAAGCGCUCCAACAUCUGGCUGGCUGCCGUCACCAAGCAGAAUGUCAACGCCGCCAUGGUGUUCGAGUUCCUCUACAAGAUGUGCGACGUCAUGACUGCCUACUUCGGCAAGAUCAGCGAGGAGAACAUCAAAAACAACUUUGUGUUGAUCUACGAGCUGUUGGAUGAAAUCCUGGACUUUGGCUACCCACAGAACUCUGAGACCGGUGCACUGAAGACCUUCAUCACUCAACAGGGCAUCAAGAGCCAGCAUCAUACUAAAGAAGAGCAGUCUCAGAUCACCAGUCAGGUGACUGGGCAGAUCGGGUGGAGACGUGAGGGCAUUAAGUACCGUCGCAACGAGCUCUUUCUGGAUGUUCUGGAGAGCGUGAACCUGCUCAUGUCACCGCAAGGUCAGGUGCUGAGCGCCCAUGUCUCUGGCCGUGUGGUUAUGAAGAGCUACCUGAGUGGAAUGCCUGAGUGCAAGUUUGGCAUGAACGACAAGAUCGUCAUCGACAAGCAGGGCAAAGGGGGCACUACUGACGAUGCAGGCAAGAGUGAGUUGGGAGGCAGUAGCGGGAAGCAGUCUAUAGCCAUCGACGACUGCACCUUCCAUCAGUGUGUCCGACUCAGCAAGUUUGACUCGGAGCGCAGCAUCAGCUUCAUCCCACCGGACGGAGAGUACGAGCUCAUGAGAUAUCGCACCACUAAGGACAUCAUCCUGCCAUUCCGUGUCAUUCCUCUCGUAAGAGAGGUGGGACGCACCAAGCUGGAGGUGAAGGUGGUCAUCAAGUCCAACUUCAAACCAUCACUCCUGGCCCAGAAGAUUGAGGUGCGCAUCCCCACCCCGCUCAACACCAGUGGUGUGCAAGUGAUCUGCAUGAAGGGAAAAGCCAAGUAUAAGGCCAGUGAAAACGCCAUCGUGUGGAAGAUCAAGAGGAUGGCUGGUAUGAAGGAGUCACAGAUCAGUGCCGAGAUUGAGCUGCUGCCCACCAAUGACAAGAAGAAGUGGGCUCGUCCACCCAUCUCCAUGAACUUUGAGGUGCCGUUCGCCCCGUCCGGACUCAAGGUGCGCUACCUAAAGGUGUUCGAGCCGAAGCUGAACUACAGCGAUCAUGAUGUGAUUAAAUGGGUCCGCUACAUCGGCCGCAGCGGCAUCUACGAGACGCGCUGCUAACGGCAGCCCCCUCCGCUCAGUCAGGAGGAGAGGGAGGGGCUGAGGAGGAGAGACGAGCAACUGGAACCUCACUGGAGGAAGUGCAGAAGAGGUGUUCCCUUUAUCUCUCUCCCUCCCUCCCUUCCCCUCCUCUUCCCCUUUUUCUGUGUUCACGCUGACAACAAAAACAAAGGGAAAAAAAAUCCAAAUUGGUUAUUCAGAAAUAAUGUCGAGUGGAGAAAACAGGAAAAUAAGUGUAGAAAACUUUGAUACUAAAGGUGCAUUUCGCUUCAUUAUGCAUACUUACCUGCUAAACGACAGGGGCCCCAUUCCAUCGGGCCCCACCCAUUCUUCCUCUUUUUAAGCAUUCCAGACCCCUCGCUGAUUGACUAACGGAGGAUUUAGGCUCAUUCUGUCUGUUUAGCAAUAAGCAGUGAACAUGUGCUUCUGUUCUCAGGCCUCAUCAGUGCGUCAUCAUUCUCCUCUUUCUCUCCAGAUCUGUUUCCGCUUGUGUGGUUGUACUUCUGCUCUGGUGUAGUCUGCUGAACUCUACUCCCCACUUUGUCAUUCCAUGAGUUUUUCUUUAUUCUCUUUUUUAUUACUCUUUUUUUUUUUUUUUAAAUCCUAAUCCCCAAAGUGUAUUAGUUAGCUGUUGUCCAUGUUUUGUAAGCAGUGUUUUAUUGUAUGCAUCAAUACUCUUGCCCCAACUUGCAUCACUUAUCUUCCGUCAUCUUCCUCUCCGUCAGUACUUAGUUAUUCAUAUGGAUAAUACUGAGGAAAUGUUGUUCGCUUUGGUCUCUGAUGUUUCACUUUUAUCUGUGUGACCAAAAGUCUCCAAAAUGAGGGACUACGAGCUUAAAAAUACUAUUACUAGAGUUAAUCCAGCUGUGUGUCUGUGUAUACAAACUCUAUACACCAUAAAGGGGUAAGAAGUGCCCUGCCAGGCUGACGUAUCAGCUUUGUGUCUGUAGCAGAGGUUUAUUCAGUGUGCGUGUGUGUGUGUGCGUGUGCGUGUGUGUGUGAGACUGAGCCUCUGUAAGCAGAAGGUCCCCCAACAUCUCUCAGGUGCCAGUGUGUUUACCAGACGUUUACGGCGGACCAGUGGGAUUCUUGCAGUGCACUGAUAUUUAUCUUCCCAUAUUGAGAUUUCUAUGGCACAGAUGUGGAGGCACAGCAAUAAGUGCAGAUUUGAAGAAAUAAAAUGGGUUAUUAGAGUUUCUUUGGAACUAAAUCACAACUCCGUUUUCAAGGAAAGAUUUUCCAGAAUCUCUUUUGGCCCAUUGAGAAACGUUAGAAAGUAGCACUGAGCCCAGUUCUGCUUCUCUCUAUCUAUCCUCUGUGUGACUCAAAAAAAACAAAAAAAACACUAUUACUGUUUAAUAACACGGGCCAAGUAAGAGGUUUCACCACUUUCACCAUAGUUAAACAGCGUUCCUGCCAAAAAAAAAGUGCCGAGUUUCUCGCAAUCUUAAAGCUACAGUGAUCCAGACACUACACACGUUCUAAAUACAGAUGUUCUUCACAUGUUCUACACCUCUCUGAGAGAUGAUGAGGGUCCUGUGGGGCUUGAUCCCUCAGCUUCAGUGUGUACUCUUCAUUUGGUAACUUUGUGAUUGUCCUGUUAAUCCUAAUAAAGAAACAAAAAGAA